AUGGCGAGACCCGACUCGAACGAACCAGAACACGAACACACCACCGAUGCAGACUCGGAGGAUGAGUUCCACGAUGCCCGUUUCCCCGCCGAGGAAGAAGCUAAACUAUUAGAGGAAUCAAAUACGUGUAAAGUCGAAGCAAACAAACAGUUCGCUGCCGCCGCCUAUUCAGAUGCCAUCUCGACGUAUGACCGCGCGCUUGCCUCUUGUCCAAAUUACCUAGAUUACGAGAUUGCCGUUCUUAAGAGCAACAUUUCGGCUUGCUACCUGAAAUUAGAAGACUGGAAGUCCGCCGUUGACUCUGCGACGGCAUGCAUUGACAACCUGGACAGGUGUCUGCCCAAAUCGACAAAGACCGAGAAGGAUGACAACGCAGCAAAAGAGCCGAGCGAGGGAGAGGACGCGGUAGUGGAGCUGUUGGACGACGAAGAAGAUGAAGCAAAGCAGCUGGAGCGUCUUCAGUUGGAUGAUAAGCGCCGUGACGAUAUUAAAAGAAUCCGUGCCAAGGCACUCAUCAGGCGAGCGCGUGCAAAGACAGAACUGGAUGGGUGGGCGAAUUUACAGGGCGCAGAAGAAGACUAUAAGGAGCUAGCGAGCAUGGAUAAUCUUCCUCCCCAAGACCUAAAGAUUGUGCAGCGGAAUUUGCGUGAAUUGCCGUCAAGAAUUCAGGCUGCGAGGGAGAAGGAAAUGGGAGAGAUGAUGGGCAAGCUGAAGGAUCUUGGGAAUGGCAUCCUAAAGCCCUUUGGGCUUUCGACGGAUAACUUUAAAUUCAUCAAGGAUGAAAGUACCGGGGGAUAUAGCGUACCUAUGAAAGCCCCGGGCUACCAUGGUUUUCAGGUAUUGCCAAAGAAGUUGAGUGGCUAUAGUUAG